AUGAAUUUUCGAGCAAUAUUUUUAUUUGUAUUUAUGCUUUUGGCAGUCGCAGUUGCAUUUCCAUCAGAUGAAAAUAGAUCAAGACGUGACGUCGCGGAGUCCGUGAAAAGUGCUGCGAGCGAUGCGAAGAAGGCGAUAAGCGACGCAGGCGCUGCUGUUGUCGACGCGUUUAAGCCAACAGAGAAGAGUACUAAAGACAAAAUUGUAGACAGUGUCAAAAAUAUUGUUGAAAUUUCAUCAAAACUAACUAUGGAAAGUCAGGAACGAAUUGAAGACCCGUCGUAUUUACCUUCUGAUCUAGAUCGCCCUACUACACCUGAAUCUGAAGAUUCAGAAUUUAUACAAUUGGAUGAGUUGUUAAAUCCAGACAGAUAUUUAACUAAAGAAAAUAAUAUAAAAGAAAUGCAAAGUAAAGCUAUAGCCUUAUUGUUUGGCAAACCAAAACAACUUCCUAAUAAUAAUGAAUCCCAGUAUGUGGUCCAAGCAAUAACGGAAAAUAUAUUUAAACUAACUUGGAAAGUUAUACAACCACGUGCUUGA